AUGUCGUUACCACGUACACCACCGAGAGGCGGAUUAGCGGGCGAACCGAACACGGACCAACCCCCAUUUAGUGGAGACACACCAACAUUGGAACAGACGGACAGCAAACACGGAGUGGACGCGAUUAAUUCACGUUCAAUAAAACUGCCACAAUUCUGGAAGGAAAACCCAGUCCUAUGGUUCACGUAUGUCAUUAUCAACCUUGACCAAACCGUAUUGCCCUUUGUCUCAGACAUUAUAGCCGCGCCACCGGCCGAAAAUAAAUACGAGACCUUAAAGCAGAGAAUAAUCGGAUCAUUCGCCGAGACCAACGAAUCGAAAUUGCGAAAGCUAUUACGUGGGAACGAGCUUGCAGACGAAAGACCCUCAAUCUUCCUGCAGAGAUUGCGGAAUUUGGCCGGCGGACAAUGCAACGAUGCAAUGCUUAGAACACUAUUCCUCGAGCAAUUACCGGAUAGCGUACGUAGCAUUUUAGCCAUUAGCGAAGUAACAGAUUUAUCAAAAUUAGUUCUCCAAGCCGAUAAAAUCGUAGAGAUGUCUAAAGCAAGCGUAGCACAAGUUAACGUUACCACUCAAGCAUUACCCGCGGAGAAAGUCUCAAUGUCCAACGAAUUCAAGGUCAUGCAAUACAGAAUCGACGCAUUGACCAAACAAGUUGCCGAACUCUGCGACAUACAACGAAGUAGAUCCAGAAGCAGAGGAUACGACGAGUACAGGCGCAGGAGCAGGACCAGAUCCCAGGAGCGUAGAGGAGCAUCCAAAACAUGCUACUUUCAUUGGAAAUUCGGGAACGAAGCAUACAGAUGCGUACAGCCAUGCGAUUGGAAAGAGCCACUCGCAAAGAAUGUUAACGCGGAAAACUAG